AUGCAAGCCCACUGCUAUGAGACCUUGUUCGAGUGCAGCACGCCAGAUGAGCUCGCCGAGUUCGUCGCCUCCUGGGAGCAAAGCUUCCUCAUCGCCAAUGACCUGCCCGGUGAGGCCAAGGCCUCUUGCGGGUACAUCGAGGCCCACUUGACGGGCAAGAAGCAACGCAAUGCGAAGGAGGAGAGGGACGCUGAGAAGAAGAGGCAGCACGCUGCCAUCCUGAAGGUCAAACAGGACGCGAAGUCGGCGGCAGAUAAGAUCAGGGCCGCGAGGAAUCCGCCCGCCAAGCCGCCUGCAGAUACGAUGCCUAUCUUCCUCGCAGCGUGGGACGAGAUCGACAAUGUCACUACGGUCGUCGAGAUUCCCAGCAAGGAUGCCGCCGACGUCUGGGACAUACCGUUCGCAGUGGAUAAGCACAACGAUAUGAUGCUCCUCAUGGGCAAUAGCAGCCUUCAGAAGGAGUUGGCCGCGUGGGUGUCUGACUUUCGGCAGAAGCUUGAACCAAGGGGCCAGAAGAUCUUGCAGGGGUCUGGUAAGGAUGAUGGAAGCGGCCUGAACGAGGCAACGGGCUUCUUCGAGAAGUGGCAGCCGCCCCACGUCGACGUCAGCAGUGUCGAAGGCGGCUCCUCGUUCAUGAACUCCAUCUGGAAGGUUGGGUACAAGGGGGGCAUGGAGGUUCUCGCAACUGGACGGGUGCGGGGCAUGUUCAUCAAGGCAGAUACCCUCUUUCAAGCCUUCAACGGGGAGGGCUGCCCCGAGAGCCCGAAGCAGUUCCACGUUGCCGACAGCAAAUCCGCCAUCAUCGAGAAGAUCUCUAAGAUGGGCGCCACCACCCUGAAGGACGCGAAGGCCGCAGGCGUGAGCAUGCGGAAG